UUCUUAUCCACUUAUUCUCACUUCUUUCCAGAUGAAGUUCGUUCUGUCAGUACUGGCUGUUCUGGCCCUGGCCGGCUCCCUGAACGCCCGCGCUGUGCACGUCACAGUUCCAAGCACAGGCUCAGGUGCACUCGCCAAGGAAUUGCAGGACUUCAUGGACCUAAUACCAGUGGAUCGCUUGAUGGCGGUUCUCAGAGCCUACGCAGCCCAAGACAAGGAAUUCCAAACCGUCAUAAAGCUCGUAGACUCCAAGGAAACGGUAAUGUACAUCGAAGAACUUGAAGUCCUCCCUGCGACGAAGGAUCUAAUGAACUACAUGCAGAACGCUGGACUCGACAUCUAUUUAUUAGUAAACAAACUGAACGCGGCACUUGGAAUUGAACCUAUCACUCCUUUUGCUUUCCACAAGAUCACAGGUGGACUUGAUGGUUUAGCGAUAGACCUCGAGGCUACAGUUCCAAUUAAACAGAUGGAGGAUUUGUUGGAUAGCAAAAUGGUGAAAUCCCCAGUAUUUGCCGCUUUCGUUAAGGAGGUAGGCUCUCCUAAAUACUUCGACUUGUAUGACAACGUUUAUACGAACCAACACGUGGUAAACAUUGCGGAACAGGCCAAAGAGGCUGGCAUUGAUAGUGCUAGAUUAGGAAUGGACUACGUGAUCUGGAUUCUCUUCAGACAACUUCUGAAACUACACUUGUAA